AUGACGCGAAUACGUGAAGUCUGGGCACCCAACCUCGAGAUGGAGAUGGCUAACAUCCGGGAUCUUAUCGAAAAGUACCCAUAUGUUGCUCUCGACACGGAAUUUCCUGGCGUUGUUGCACGACCAAUAGGCGCAUUCAAGACGUCGUCCGACUACCACUACCAGACCAUGCGAUGUAACGUCGACCUGCUGAAGAUCAUCCAGGUCGGCCUUACUUUGGCAGACGAGGACGGCACCUACCCCCAGGACGUAUCCACAUGGCAGUUCAACUUCAACUUCAGUGCCGAGACAGAUAUGUUCGCCCCGCAAUCGCUGGAUCUCCUCCAGAACUCGGGCAUCGACCUGCAAAGACAUCAUGAAAUGGGCAUCGAGCCGAAUGACUUCGCUGAGCUCAUGAUUACGUCUGGCCUCGUCCUGUCACCAGACACCAAAUGGAUCUCGUUCCACAGUGGCUACGACUUUGGCUACUUCGUCAAGCUGCUCACGGGACAGUCGCUCCCCACCAACGAGGAGGCCUUCUUUGACGUCCUCCACACGUGGUUCCCCACGAUCUACGACAUCAAGUUCGUCAUGCGCUCGUGCAAGCUCAAGGGCGGCCUUCAGGAUGUCGCGGAUGAUUUAGGGGUACGUUGUUCGUCUCCCCACCCGUGCGAGCUCUUGGUCCAGGUGAUGCGCAUCGGUGCCUCCCAUCAGGCAGGGUCCGACUCCCUGCUGACCGCGACCACGUUCUUCAAGAUGCGAGAGCUGUACUUCAACGGCACGCUCGACGACCCCGACUUCAACGGCAAGCUGUACGGCCUCGGCCAGACCUUCUCCAUCCAGAACGGCGUCGCCGAGAACGCCCGGGUUGGCACCGCUGCGACGAUCGCCGAGCGUGAGGACCGCGCGGGGCCCCGGGCGGCCGAAUCCCAGCCCCAGCAGGGUCACGGCGGGGUGAUGCUCACGACGCCGGUCAUGGCCGGCGCGAUGCCCGCGCAGAUGCCGACGACGCCGUACGGGCCCAUGGGGAACGGGCCGUAUAUGCGCACGGCCAUUAACGUCGGAGGCGGGCGAUAG